UUUAUCUACUUUUUUUUCUUUAACUCUUUCUCUUUUCUUUCUUCAUUCUUUAUAUAAAAAAAAUGAUAGAACUAAUUGUGUCUUCUGUUCAGGCAAUUAUGCAAGUAAUAGUGAUCGUCUUUACAGGUGUCAUUUUAUCAAAGCAUGGCUAUAUUGACAGUGAUAAACAAAAAUGGCUAUCUACACUCAAUAUCAGUUUCUUUACACCUUGUUUGCUCUUUUCCAGCAUUGCAUCCGUCAUUUCUUUAGAACGACUAUUGGCUUAUUGGCCAAUCCCUGCAUUUUAUGCCUUAUACACAUUAAUAUCAUGGUUAUUAUGUCAAAUUGCAUCUCCACUCUUUAAGGUUGACAAAUAUUACAGACCCUUUGUGUCUGCUUGUGUUAUGUUCCCGAAUACAAAUUCACUUCCUGUAGCCAUUAUUUCCAGUCUAGCUAUAUCUGAAGCCGGUAAAUCUCUUUAUUGGAAUUCUGAUGAUAAUCAAUCUAUGGUAUCUGCUCGUGGGCUUUCAUAUACGUUAUUUUUCGGAUUGUUUAGUAAUAUUUUACGAUGGUCUUAUGGAUACAGUUUAUUACAGAAGAAUGAUGAAGAAAAAGACGGUUUAGAUAUGGACGAAGAAGCCGUUUUAUCGAAGUCAUCACAUCAUCAUGACUAUGGAACAACAUCUUCUUCAAAAUCCGUCGUCACUGUGCAUAAUGGUUGGGGCAUUUCAAACUUGUUCAAGUCAAUCAACAAAUGGAUGACGCCUCCACUUUAUGCUGUUGCCUUUGCACUUUUAGUUGGCCUUUGUCCACCUCUCAAGAGUCUCUUUUACCAUAGUGCUCUCAAUACUGCUUUUACAAAAGCCAUUGAAUCCUGUGGCAAAGUAUCUGUGCCUAUCAUUCUUCUCUGUUUAGGUGCUCAACUCAAAAGUAUUCGAGAAACACCAUCAACCAAGAAUCCCAAAUAUCGCAAGCCUGUGUGUGUUGCUCUCUUUAUUCGUAUGAUAUUGACUCCUUUAAUUGUGUUGCCUACAGUAUUUGCUUUUGCAACAUGGGGUGGUGCUAUUUCCAAGUUAGCUCAUGAUCCUAUCUUUAUUGUCAGUAUGGUUAUAGUAGGAUGUACACCCACUGCAAUCAAUUUAGCACAAAUCACACAAGUCAGUGGGAUGUUUGAAGAAGAAAUGUUAAAUCUCUUGUUCUGGAGUUAUGGAGUUGCUUGUGUACCCAUCUGUACAUUGGUUGUCUUUUUAGCUUUAUUAAUGGUAGGCAAGCCAUAAAAUAUACCCCCUCUUUCCCCAUUUUUGUAUAUAUUAUUCUUUAUUACUUGCAGAAAAGUAACUGGGUAUCCAAUAUGAAUCAA